AUGGUCGAGGCCAAAUACACUGAGCAGCUCGAGGCAGCCGAGAAGAAAAACACUGAACUGCUCGAACAGCAGGCCAAGCUGGCCGAAGAGCUGCAACAGCACCAGGCUACCUUGACCAAAGCCAUUGAAACUAAAGAGAAGUACAAGGAAGCCUCUAAGCUUCAAGAUGAUUUGGUCAUCAGCAGAAAGGAGACUGAGAGGUUGGAGGAAUGCAUCAAAGAGCUCAAGGAGACCAAUGCUAAUAACUUGGAGAAGUACAAGGGAGCCACUUUUAAGUGCUUCUAUAUGUUCUGGAAGAAUAAUCGCGGGGAAAACUUUAGCUAUCUACCAGACUGUAUGAGGCAAUUUGAGCUAAACAGGUGUCUGGCUUGCCUUGAAGAGGAGGAUAGAGCCAAAGUUCCAGCAUCCCCCAAAAUCUCUUUGGCUACGGGCAUCGAUGGCGUAGGCGAGGAAUCUAUUGCGAAACUGCCUCAAAGUUCUUACUUAAGGAACUUCAGACUUUUUGACUGA